UUCUUCUGCAAUUUAUAUAUUUUAAGUAAUUAGUGAUGAGUUCAUUAAUGUCCAUGAGCAUAUCAAAGGUUUAUCCAGUGGUCCAAAAAAUUAUGUUUCUUGCUAUAAUGGAUAUAUUGUCAAUGGAUUCCGAUUUCACACUGCCAUCUAUGGUAGAAAUAAGCGAACAAUGAAUUAUGGUGUCUGUGUUGUCGAAUCUAUUGUGGAUUGUUGUAGUUCUCGUUGCACGGAGGUUAUUGAAUCCACCAAACCACUGCAACAGCCAAAUCCAUUUGACCCCCAGAGACGAGUUCAAGAAAAGGUUCCUAUUGAUGUGGUUCUGGAGACUCCAGCUUCAGAUGUUGAUAUACAGGCCGAGUCUCUCAAUGAUGAGGAUACACUUGUGGCUACCCCCUAGCAAAGACAGGGAUGGGGGCAAACUAACCCCGUGUAGAUGCCUAUAGAUGGGACGAAGAUCCCAUUAGAGCUAGAUGAGUAUGGUGGCUUGCCACAACAGGUCAGACGACAAAUUGUGGUCCAGUUGUGGGAGAAUCUCCCAGAUGCUUACAUAUUGUGGGGACAAGUCCUUCACGAUUUAUGGAACGUGACGGCAAGGAUCAAGUUCAAGCAUGCAUUUAGUGAGUUGAAAGCUAAGUGUGCAAAGAGAAACUUUCAAGUUAAGCCUUUAGAUAUGAAUCCAGAGUUAUGGGCGAGGCUUGUUCAUUUAUGGACUGAGGAAAAAUUGACAGCUGAAUAUGUUGCUAGGCAAGAGGAAGAAGGAUUUGACCUUACAAUAGCUCAUGGUGAGUUAUUAUUUAGGGCAACUGGUGGGGUCAAGAAAGGAUGGCUGAAAGGUUUGGAUAUUCACACACAUCCACAAGAUAUAGGUGUGAGCACAUCUAGAUGGGAACCAUUCAGGCCACCAAUCAUAGGACAGUCUAAUAAGGUUAUCGAAUUAGAGCAGACUGUUGAAUCAUUGAAGGCAGAUAAUAGUAGUCUUCAACAAUCAUAGAUGACCCUUAUGGCAGAUAAUGAGAGCCUCCGGCAACAACAGUUGACCCUUGCUGCACAGAUGCAGUAACUCUACUAGCAUUUAGGGAUGACCUCAACGGAUACCAGUGGGACAGCCACCCUUAAGACACCCGAGAUAUCUAGGUUUUUCAUAUUUCAAUUAAAUAUUUGUAUUUACU